CAGGGUCGGGUCUGGCCGAGCUGCCCGCCCGAGCCCCGUGUCGGAAGCGGGCGGCCGGCAGCGGGCAGGGGAGCCGAGGGUGCCCGGGACCCCCGGUGCGGGCUGCCCCCAACGGGCUCUCAUUGGCCGCGGGGCGGGACGUGCCGCCCGCUCCGGCCCUAUAUCAGGGCAAUAUUGCCCCGGCGGGGCGCGGGGCAGGUGCUGGAGCGGCGCUGCCCGCGCAGGCAUGGACCUGGGGUACUUUCCCCUCGGGCUGUGCCGCGGGGCCCCGACACCCCCCUGCCCGCGGCGGGGGCCCGGCUCCUUCCCCCCGCCGGGCAUCGCGCCCGACUCCGCGCCCCCCCCGCCGCCCGCCUGCGCGGGGUGCGCGGCGGUCCCGUGCCCCGGCUACGAGCGGCCCUGCGGAGCUGGAGCACCGGGCGAGGGCUUCGGGGACCCGCAGCGACCCGACGACCCCGGGAUCCGCCGCCCGACUCCUCCGGAGCUCGGCCGCCCCCGGCCCCGUCCCGGCUCCCCGGCCCCCGGGGCGGCCCCGGCGGCGCCCCGCACCUUCGAGUGGAUGCGAGUGAAGCGGAGCCCGCUCGGGAGAAGCGGCGCGGCGCCUCCCGCCUGCCCCCUGCGCACCAGCUUCAGCACCCGGCAGCUCACGGAGCUGGAGAAGGAGUUUCACUUCAGCCGCUACCUGUCGCGGGCCCGCCGCCUCGAGGUGGCCCGCUCGCUACGCCUCCGCGACGCCCAGGUGAAGGUCUGGUUCCAGAACCGCCGCAUGAAGCAGAAGAAGCGGGAGCGGGAGGCGCUGGCAGCCCCCCGGGCAGCCCCGGGGAGCCCCCCCUGAGCCCCGCCAGGACGCCGGCCCCGCUUUCGCUGCCGCUUACCUGCGGCGUUAUCGCGGAGCAUCAGCAGGGAAAGUUGCUGCCGGCCCCAAGCGCCGCUGCUCGGCUCCGUCU